UCAGGAGCCAGGUUAUUCAUGCGCGUCUGCUAUCACUGCCACACACUCGAGGAACACGGUAUCAACAAGUAUGGACCAAGGUUACAUGGCGUCUUUGGGCGUAAGGCUGGCCAGGCAAACGGAUUCAUAUUCUCGGAGGCACACGCGCGUAGUGGCAUUAUUUGGACUGAAAAGACUCUCUUUGAAUAUUUGGAGGAUCCCAAGAAAUAUAUUCCAGGAACCAAGAAGCCAUUCCAUGGCCUCAAAGGAGCCCAAGAACGCAGCGAUAUCAUUGCAUACCUCAAGGAGGCUUCCUGA